AUGCUGUGCUGUGGGGACCGCGAGAAGGGCGAUGUAGCGAUGGAGGAGAAGUGGGACUACGUGAACUUGGACGACUUUAAAUCCGAGUCUUGCUGGACAGGUUUCUCAUAUUUCUUCAUAUGGGUGUUCCUGUUUAUCUCCAUUGCAGUAUACGGUGUCGAUACAUUCACUGCAAUCAACUUGCUGGCUUUCUCUCGGUGGUCCGGUAGAGUUGAACCCGCAAUUCCCUUCAAUAUUUCCCGCUGGAUUUUCGCCGCCUGUAUCAUUGCUUCAUUCGUUCUUUUGGCCUAUCGAUGGAUACAUGCCGUCCGCGCCAUCCGCUCGGGUAGUAUCACUCGCAGCUUUCUGGAUCCGCUGGCUGUGCGCAUUCAGAGUAUUCGCUUCGGGAAACGGGGUCGUGGAUACCGGAGAUUCCUCGUCUUCGCUGAAUUAACGAAAGACAGAAAAGCAGCAGAAUAUGUUGCUCUUUAUGCAUACUUCUCUUUCCAAUUCUGGAUGAACACGAUUUUCGCAGACGGUCCACGUCAAGUUCUCAAUGGCAUUACUCUCUAUUCGGUCAUGCAGAUGGACCUCCUUCCUGGGGGUAAGAAUGCAGCUCACGAUGAUGGAAGCUCUGGAGCCAGUCAAUUCUUCAACAAUGUCAAGAUUCUAGCCGAGGAGAAUAACCUUCAAGCUGUGGUCCUGUUUGGUAUGCUUUUCACUUUGGUCAUUUGGGUCCUAUCGGUUCUCAAGUUGAUAUCGGCGAUUGUACUCUAUUUGAUUUUCCUCUUCCACCAUAUCCCAGCGGAAGACGGUACUCUUUCGAGGUACUGCCGACGGAAGGUUGGUCAACGGCUGAAGCGCAUCGUGCACCGCAAAAACACCAAGGCUCUGGCAAAAGGUCUCAAAUUACAGAACCGAGCGCCCACUCAGCCAAUGCUGGCAUCUGAUUCAAACCCGACUCUGCCCUCUCUCGCUGGAGAUAAAACCCCCGCAGUGGCUGUAUUAUCGCGAAGUACCACCCAGACCACUUUGCCGCCAUAUUCGCGAUCGACUUCCUCGACGGCGCCGAGAUCCAACCCGACACUGCCAAAUCUGGACUUCGAUGCCAAACCAACGCUGGCUCGAACCGGAACUUCAUCUUCAGUAUUGUCCGAGUCCGCUUCACUGACAGGCAAUGCGGCCGGAAUGGGAUACACUUCCCUUGAUCGUCAAAACCCUACGCUUCCCCCGGUUCCUCCUUUGCCGGCUAACGUACCAUCAAGGAUGGCCACUCCUCAAUCUCGAACAGCUCCCGCGCCAUAUGGCAAUGGUGAUCAUCAUACCCCCGGCUCUGGAUAUCGCAACUUGACCGAUAGCUCUGAUUCUCGGCCAUAUCAGGGCCACACCCCAGCGCCUGAUUAUGCUUCGGCUGACAUGGAAGCCUCCGAUGAUCACGAUUAUUUCAACCGCGGCCAUGCGCCUGCUCAAUACGACCCUUACGGCCCUCCGAGGGCUGCAUACGGCGAAGAAGAUGGAUACGGACCAAGAUACGGGGCUCCCAGUCGCCAGAGAGGCCCGGCUCAUGCGCAGCAAGAUUACUACCCACAAGAUCCAUAUUCAAGAGAUCCAUAUUCGACAGAUCCUUAUUCAACAGACCCAUAUUCAACAAGGUCCUACACGCCAGCCAGCACUGGUGGGACACCUGCUCCCUACCGGUCCAACACCCCGGCAAGCUACCGACCUACGCCUCCCCCACAAGCGGCCGCAAUGGCACAGCCUCCACCAAGGACCUUCACUCCAAUGAGUUCUACCACCCCUCAAAAUGGUGGCUAUGCAGCUUUCAACCCAUCAAUGGCCCAUCAAACACCUCAGCCUCUUCCUGGUCCGUCCAGCUAUGCUCGAGCAAACACUGCUUCUCCCUCUGCUAUGCAUCGCGCUCCACCAGGGCACUCAUUCAAUCGCUCAAAUACCCACCAAUAUUGA